AUGCUUCGCGCCAAUGACGAAACCACCAGACAUCUGCAAAACACGCAGUUCGAAGAUAUCGACAUUACCGAAGUUUCCCUCUGUGGAUGUGACAGUUGCUAUGACAAAGGUUUCAGUGGUUACAUUGAAACCAGAACAGGCAGGAUAUCUUGCGCCCAACGCAUCAUGCAGCUGAUUGCCAACGAGAACACACCAGAGGAAGAAGCCUGCCGUCAAGUUGCAAAGGUGGAUCACAGUGACGAGUGUGGCUCUGUCUGUGAUAUUGAUAUGUGUGAUGGUCGAGGUACCAUGCAUGCAAAGGAGAAGGAUCCGCCUCCUCCAAAGGCCUUUUGUGGCUGCAAAGGCUGCAAUCAAGAUGUAUGGUUGGCCAUGGCUGGCGAGUUUUCUUGUGGUGCACGAGUCACCUGGUUAACCGGAAGAGGCCAAACAUCUGCCGAAGCUUGCCGCACAGUGGCAGGUGAUGAGUUUUCGGAUAUCUGUGGUGCCUGCAACCCAGAUACUUGCGAACAAUCGGCUCAAGGUCAUGAACUACCAGAAGACGCAGGAUCACAAUCGUUGGAAUUUCAGGAACCAACCGAGCUAGAGGACAUUCCCUUGACGCCUGAUUACUCUUUGUACUGCUUCCCUCCGUACAAUGACAGGGUGAGGUAUGAAAACGUCUGGGGAAAGUACACCUUGGAGGUAAAGGAAAGUGAGCAUCCCUGUGGUCCUUCAGACAACAUGUUUUCUACGAGGACUGUCCACCUGGAUGAUGAUGAAUUGACCCUCCAAUUUCGAAAGGUGGGAGACAGAUGGGAGGGAAGUGAGGUUAGGGUGCUGCUGCCAUGGGAAGAAAUGCCCUUCGUCUAUGGAGACUAUUCCUUCUCAGUGAAAAACGUCAAGGUGAUAGACACUGCCACAGGCAAUGUGGUGGAUACAGUUCUACCACUCACAAUGAUCCUGGGCCUGUUCACAUGGGAUGCAACGGAAAGUUAUGCCAUUCAUGAAAACUACAACCAUGAGGUUGACAUUGAAAUCUCAAGAUGGAACAUAGAGGGUCUUGCUGAUGUUCAAUACCUUGUUCAGCCUCCCGGAGACCCUCACAAAUACCGUUUCUUCUCAGGAGAAGGGGACACCUACCAGCAGGCACCAAAUACAUACAAGUUUGAUUGGAGGCCGGCUGAAAUUGAAUGGACUUCCAGUGCUGGAGGUGGUGGACAUCAAUUCACGUACGAUGCCCAGAUGGCAUUGGACGCUUCUGCCCCCUUUUACGUCCAAUGCAUGCCAGCUGAUGUAGAGGUUCGACUUAAUCUUUGGAACUUGUUUGGAAACUCGGCUCCAACUGGGAUGCAAGAUACACAUCAAGUUGAAGUUGUAAUUGACAACUUUGAGUUUACCCCAUCUGGGUUGACCGGGUUGGCAGAGGGUGGCACUUGCACUCGCGAUUGCCACUGCGAAGCGACUGCUGUGUGCCGCAGCAACAAGUGCUUCUCCCCUGACCCGUCCAUGGUCGCGCAACCUCAAUCGGAGGACGCCAUUUCCACUCUUCCUCCGACCACAGGUUCGGCUUCAGUCGCCUCUGGGGCUUCAGAGACAAAUACUCCUCCCGCCGAUCUUUCGGCGCCAGAGACUUCAGAGACCAAUGUAGUCACCAACAAUCCUUCUAUACCAGAGAGUCUUGACAUGCCGGAAACAAACAUCACCAAAGCCACAGGCACAGAGGAUGCGACUAGGCAAAGCGGCAAGAGCAAAGCCGGAAAACCGAUAUUGAUUGUCUUCUUUCUAGCUUUGGCUGCUGCUCUGGCAGCAUUUUUCUAUAUGCGAAGAAAACGAAGCGAGACAAACCGACGAGGUAUCAUCUUCGGCAGCGAUGACUCGUCACGCAAGGUUAGAGUUGUCGAGUGCUAUGAAAAUGAUACCACGGUUGCUUCAUCCUCCUCAUUCGAAGUGGCGAUCCCAAAGAAACCCCUUAGGUUUCAACAUGAAUAA